AUGGCGGUGGGGGAGGGCUCUUCAAGCCCAGAAGAUGGCAUAAAAUCCACCAGCCAAGAAGAUGGUCCCGCCGAACCGAAGUCGCCCAGCAGCAAUGAGUCUGAUGGCAACGAUGAUGAAGAGGAAGAAGAGGAGCCGCGCUUGAAGUAUGCAAACCUGACCAAGAACUUGGGCUCGCUAUAUCGAGGUGGCGAUGCGGCGAGCUCAUUCUUCGUCGCCGGCGAGAAGCUCAUCAUCGGUACCGACAAUGGUAGCGUCAACGUCUUGACUCUCCCCACCCUCGAUGUCCUGAAGCGCUAUCAGGCGCACACUGCCGCGGUCCUGUCUAUCUCAAUAUCGCCAUACCCUCCGCCUCUGCCUACGUUGAAGCUCGAUGCGACACAGCGAUUAGUAUCCGAGGCCGCACAGCAAGAGAGGGAGGCAUCCCCCGCGAGACAGUCGCCUACUGGCAAGGACAGUCCUCGGCAAAUUCCUGUCCCACAAACGCCUGCAAACCAGAUAUACAUUGCCUCCUCGUCGCAAGAUGGCAACGUCUGCAUUCAGUCUCUCGUGGAUGCAAAGGACGUUCAAGUCCGAAACUUUGCUCGCCCCGUGCAGUCCGUUGCUUUAUCGCCCGAAUACAAGUCCGAUCGGAGCUACCUCUCAGGUGGCCGUGCUGGAAGUCUCAUUCUGACAGUAGGUGGUCAGAUUGGCCAGAAGACGAAUGCUACGACCACAGGGACUGCUGCCGCUGCCUCAGGAUGGCUCGGAUCUAUGGGACUUGGGUCAAAUUCUGGGUCCGACAAAGUCUUGCACAGUGGAGAAGGCAUUAUCAGCACCAUUCGAUGGUCACUCUCUGGCAAGUUCGUGCUCUGGGUCAACGAGCAGGGCAUCAAAAUCAUGAGGUCCAACCUACACCUAAGUAGUGCUCAGUCAGGACUCGAGUGGAAACGGAUCAGUCACAUUGAUCGGCCCGACAGGCCUGCCUGGGAAGACAUGGCAGGGUUUUGGCGAGCAAGAGUUGAGUGGAUUGACAAGAACAAUCUUGAAUCCGACAACAGAGAUACUCAAUCUGACCUGAAAGCGCCUUCUCCAGCUAAUGGAGGCCUUGCGGCAAGCUCCGAAGAAGUGCUCGUUGGCUGGGGUGACAGUGUUUGGAUGAUUCGAGUUCUUCCGGGCGAUGAGCAAGCUCUCAAGCUCUCGAGCGAGAGUAAGCCUCGAGCCGAGGUCACCACGAUUAUACGAUUUGACGACUGUACAAUAUCUGGAGUUUCGUUAUAUACCCCGUCUACGCUUUUAGUCCUGGCAUAUCUCGAGAAGAAGCAAUCCGCAAAGGCCACUGAUUCAUCAAACGGCGCAAAGAAGGGACGACGGAAGCGCAAUGCUUUGGAACCAGAGCUCCGACUCAUUGACAUCCACACUAAAGAAGAGAUCGACUCUGAUACCCUUACCAUGAGCAGAUUCGAGACUUUGACCUCGCCUGACUACCAUCUGAGUAUCCUACCGCCAAUGCGAGUUCCGGCUGGCCUCGCUCAGAGAGGUUAUCUUGGUCAGAUCGGCGGUGCCAUUGGUACUGGGAUGACGACUGUCGGCUCGGGCCUGUACACCGGCGUGGAGACUGUUGGCCAGGGGGUGUGGGACGCCACCAUGUAUGGUCCACGGAAGCUAGGCGCCAACAGGCUGUUCAGUACGGGCGACAGCAUACGCAGCGGUCGACCAGAUUCGGACAAACAACUCAGUGGCAAAGAGCAACGCAAUUAUUUGACCGGGUGGCUUCCCGGAUUUGGAUCCCUCGCAGGCCAACAGGAUGAGGAGGCCAGGGACGUUGCACAGACCAGGGGAAUGAAAAUAUUCCUCUUCAGUCCAUUUGACUGCAUUGUCGCUGUCAGAAGAAAUUUGGCAGACAGACUCCAGUGGCUAGUCAGUAUGGAGCGCUACGAGCAAGCUUGGAAGCUCUUGGACGAGCAUCCUGAAGCGGCCGGCGCCAUUUCAGAGCCCUCCGAUUCGAAUCCAGAAACUCCUUCGAAGGCAAGUUCUAUUGCCAAGUCAGGUUCGGUGACCAGUGGACCGUCUGCACAAGGGCGACAGCACGCCAGUCUGGCGGAGUUCUUCGCCGAUAACACAUCGAUGACCAGCACUGUGAAGGGGAAAUCAGAGAAAUAUUCUGCCACCGAAAAAGAGAAGCGAAGAAUCGGCGAAUUGUGGCUUAAACAGCUUGUGGCAGCCAAGCAGUGGGUAGAAGCAGGAGAGGUUGCAGGCAAAGCGCUCAACACAACAACGCGAUGGGAACACUGGGUGUGGAUCUUUAUCAAGAACCAGAAGUUUGAUGAGAUUUCGCCGUAUGUUCCGACUCUCGACCUUACGCCACCACUUCCGUCACUUGUCUUCGAAAUUAUUCUCGGCCACUACGUUGCGAUUGAUAGACAGCGCUUCAGAGAGCUUCUCGACCAGUGGCCGUCUGAUAUCUUCGACAUCAGCAGCAUCAGCACUGCUAUUGAAGGACAACUCGCCUCCGUCGAGCAAGGCUCCGAGGAUAGUCGCAUACUUCAAGAAUGCCUGGCUAAGCUCUUCCUCGCCGAUGGCCAGUACGACGAGGCCUUGCGAUGCUAUAUCCGCCUCCAGGAUGCCGAUACUGCUUUGACCCUGAUUAAGGAUCACCACCUUAUCGAAGCGAUCACCGAUGACAUCCCCGCAUUUGUUCAACUGCGGGUCUCGGCGCAGCAAUUGAAGUCAGCUCCUCGGGAAGAGCUCGAGGACCUGGCUUCGGAGCCUAUCAAGCUCCUGGUUGAUGAGGCUGAGCAUGGUGUCGUUGAUCCCGCAUCGGUCGUUGAACAACUGGAUGCCGCCGAUCUCUCCGUCUUUCUGUACUUCUACCUCCGCGGCCUCUGGCUGGGUGAGGGAAGCGGGUCCAAAGCGCCCAGUACUCCUCUUCGGGGUCACCAUGGCCGACUCAACAGCCUCGCCGCGGACGCUGGGAAGAUCAUCGUCGAGCAAUUUGCGGACAAAGCAGUGUCCCUCUUCGCUGAAUAUGACCGACCUUUACUCUCCGACUUCCUGCACGCCUCGACUGCCUACACGUUCGAUCUUGCUGUCAAGACUUGUGAGCAACUCCAUUACGUGCCUGAACUAGUCUUCCUCCUCUCCAAGACAGGGCAGAUGAAAAAGGCACUGUUUCUCAUCAUCGACGAACUCAACGACGUCAAAGCAGCCAUCGACUUUGCCAAGGAACAGGACGACAAAGACCUCUGGGACGACUUUCUGGAGUACAGCAUGUCACGUCCACGCUUCAUCUCUGGCCUCCUCAGCGAAGUCGGCAUGGCGAUUGACCCAAUCACACUCGUGAAGCGCAUCCCCAGUGGCCUUGAGAUUCAGGGCCUGAAAGACGGCCUCAAGAAGAUGAUUCGCGAAUACGAUUUGCAAGACAGCAUCUCCAGCGGCGUGGCACAGGUGCUGGCUAGCGAAGUCGCUGUGAGAAUGCAGACCCUGCGUCAAGGGCGACGUAAGGGCAUUAAAUUCGAAGUCCCUCUAACGCCAAAGAAGGAGGCUGCGUUGAGCGAAUCACAAACACCAAGUGAGCAGGGUACUGCUACGCCAGGACAGAAAACGGAACAGCAGCGUGGUGAGCUAGGUCAUUGCGCCUCCUGCCACCGUCCGUUUCGGCCCGAAGGCGAGAAAGAGACCCUCGUCGGCUUCGCGUGUGGUCACGUCUACCAUGUCUCGCACCUGCUGCAUGGCCCAGACGCCGAGGGCGAGGGCCCCAGCUACCUGCCAGGUCUGCAUAAGGGGAGAGACGGAGAACAUGACGAGGACGAGGAUAGAGGCUUCACACGGAGCGUCGGUCCCAAGGUCACGAACGCAAGGUUACUCCGGGAGAAGAUCGCGCUGGUCGGCGGGUGUGCGGUCUGCAAAGAUCAGAGGGCGAGGGUCCGCGAGGUCGAAUAG